AUGGGGGCCGCAAGGUGUCGCAGCAAAGCCUUGUUCCCAGCUGCAAGUCGAAUAAGGAGAGGGGUGGCAACUGUCGUCAAUCCCACCUUCCACAGCUCAUUUAAAGAUGUUCAUCUGUUAUUUGAGAUCCUGUUGGCUGGCAUAAAUUUCGAUGUCAGCGGAGAGUUUUCAGUGAACGACGGAGAGCUAGCCUCGCUCCGAAAGACGAGAAACUUGGGCAUUAUUUGUGAGGAGAUCAUUCCCAAAGAACUAUCAAACAUACUGAGGCUGAUCUCAGACCUGUCGACACAAUCUGGACACCUGCAUCAGGAUGAUUUCGAGCGCACUCUGUUGACUUUGGUGUACACCACCGAAAGGAUGGUCAACUCCACUGACAAACACCAAAAAGACAUGUGGGCGGAGUCUUUUGUCAGUUUGUACAGAGCUUUGAAGCAAGACCUAACUGGAGUAAAAUGAGAAAAGACAGGAGGGUCCGGUCCAUGCUUGAGUUUAAUGUGCACAAAAGAAAAAAAAAAUGUUGCCACAAAUAUAUAAAGUGCAUGGACUGAUAAUGCAAUAAUGGAAAAAUAUUGACAGCAAACAUGUAUUCAGUCAUGAGGUAAUGUAUAUUAAUUAAAUUAUACAUUUGAUCAACAUCAUGAAUGUGGCAUUUAAUAUAAUGGACUUACUUACAUUCAAAAGUCUUUCAGUGUUUGUUCGGUAGCACCUUGGUAUCUAUAGGACCGAUAAUACAAACCUUAUUAUGCUUUUUAAAAAGACAA